AUGUCCCUAGAAAAUUCUACAAAUUCGAACGAUAUUCAGUACAAGGUACGUCGACUCUGGUGUUCUCUGUUACAUCUAGACAGUGUUCCUACUGACGAUUCUAUAACGUGGUUCGCGUUGGGUGGUUCAUCUUUGACCUUGAUGGAACUUUUCAGUCGCUAUCAAUUCGACUUGAGUCCGCAUCGACAGCUCAAUCGAUCGGACUUUUUGACACAACCAACUAUUAUUCAACAUGUUCGUUUACUCACGACAAACAACGCAGCAUUAAAUCAUGCAGAUCAAAGCAAAGUUAAUAAUUCUGCUUCACAAAUCGUGUUUAUCGUAACGCCUGGCUCAUCCCUUUCUCUUCAACGUCUUAAUUGUGCAUUGACACUCCUCAUCCGCAAACAUCCAACAUUGCGUAUCCGGCUACAUCAAUCUGAUGUAUCGUUUGACGAUAUGGAUAAUGUCUCCUUUGUGCAAAUUAGUAAAGUUGAGAGUGAAAACGAAGAAAUGUUGCAAACUCAUUUUAAUCUUAUCUGCGAUCGAGUGUUUCAAUGUCAUGCGAUUCGAAGAACCAAUGGAGAAGAUGAAGAUCUUCUCACUGGUGGAGAUAUGCUGCUACUCAAUUUUCAUUAUGCCAUCUUCGAUUAUUUCAUCGAAUCUAUUUUUCUGGCCGAUUUUAAAGAGGCUUAUUCAACUCUCACACUCGACAUGAAUGACAAUCACACACCGAUCUAUAUUGACUAUACAUUGUAUGAACGAGAUGAUAGAGAUGACAGUAUGUUAUCAGAAUCAGAUCUUGGACAUCAGUUACAAUUACCCUACGAUCAUUGCCCAUUAACAUCAGCUCGUACGGGUCGUGCGUCAACAGUGAAUCUGGAACUAGAUGGAGGCGAGUCACUCGCUAAUUUUGCUUGUCAACUACAAACUACCCUAUCUCAAGUGUACUUGUCUGCCUAUUAUGUUUUCCUCUAUAAAUUGACACAAUGCCAAGAUCUCACCAUCGACAGCUACGUGAAUGAUGGAAGUCAAUACGAAACCGCGUGUACAACCAUCAUGAUUGAAUCUGAAAAACCGUUCAUCCAUCUUAUAGAACAUAUCAAGACGAUGGCUAAGAAUAUGAAAUCAUUGCCGUACAUGACAAAUGGAUUUCGAUUUCAGACUAUCACAAGUAAGAUAGAAUUGGGCGACAAAUAUGAACUUACUCGUUGUAUUCGUCCACCCAAUACGACUAAAUACGAUUUAUGUUUAUCAAUCGUAAUGAAUGAACGCGAACAGAUGACUGGUUCCUUUGUGUACGCUCGUGACUUGUUCGAUGAGUCUACAAUUAUUACUAUGGCUCGUAGAUUUGAAUCUCUUCUUGGUCAGCUGUUGUGCAGCUCACUGACGAGUUCAAUCUUUGAAUUUUCAUUACUCCUUCCAAAUGAAACUCAAAUAUUACAUCAACUAGCAAACAGCAGCGAGCAGGUGUCUCUUCAUAAAAAUCUACUGCCUAUCCACCAACGGUUUGCAUAUCAAACCGAGGAACAUCCACAGAAACUAGCAGUGGUUUUCGACGAUCAAUCGUUAACUUAUGCUGAACUGUUACAUUCAUCACAAUUGCUGGCUCAUCAUCUCAAGGAAAACUGUCACGUACAGCCAGGCGACAUCAUUGCUCAAUGUGUCGAGCGCUCCAUCGAAAUGGUUAUCGGUAUAUUGUCGAUUCUAAUGAGCGGUGCUUCAUAUUGUCCUCUAUCUCCGGAUCAACCAUCAGCACGACUUCAAUCAAUGAUCGAACAGGUACGAGCAAAGUGUGUCCUUUGUCACAAUCGAACAUGCAAAUUUAUCUCAUCAAAUAAUAUUAACAUCGAUCAAAUACUCACGUUGCUGACCUCAACAGGCUGGAUUGAUAAUGAUGAUGAUACCAAUGUCUACAUCAAUUCGAUUGCUUACGUAAUUUUUACCAGUGGCUCGACUGGUACACCAAAAGCGGUUCCCAUCAGCCACCAGAAUUUUGCCGCUUGUGUUGAUGCACUCGCUUACUCGGCGAUUAUGGCUCGUAACGAUACUGUUCUACAAAUAACACCACCUACAUUCGACAUUCACAUACAGGAAAUCUUAGGUACACUCUGGCUAGGCGGAUCUAUUUGUCUUCUUCGACCUACCGGAAAUCUUGACAUGAACUAUUUGACAUCGACCGUACAACGACAUGAAAUAAGUUUUGCUGUUACUGUACCCACGCUUCUUGCUAUACUUGCUCAACAUGUACACGACUGUCCUGAUCGACGUCAAACAUUGUUCAGUUUGAAGCGUCUCUGCUCUAUAGGUGAAUUACUUCGGCCUCAAACAGCAACCCAACUCUACAACUGUUUAAACUCGACUGCACUUAUCUAUCAUCUCUAUGGUCCUACGGAAUGCAUCUUCGCAGCUACUUUUCAUCUAAUUACGAAGGACGAUCUUGAGCAAAAUUCUUUACCGAUCGGUCGGCCACUUGCUGGUUACACAUGUCAUGUUCUUGAUAGAUAUUUUCAGCCUGUUCUCUGCGACAAACAGGUCGGUCAGCUCUUCAUUGGUGGUCAGGCUGUCUUUCGCGGGUACCUCAAUCGAGCAGAUUUGACACAUGAAGCGCUGGUGUCCUUGCCACAAGAACAAGGCGUACUCUAUAGAACAGGAGAUCUCGUGCGCGUCGAUACCAGAACAGGUCGCUUGUAUUUUAGUGGGCGAACUGAUUUUCAAGUCAAAUUGAGAGGACAACGCAUCGAAUUAGGCGAAAUUGAAGCAACUAUUAUGCGGUUUACACCGGAAAUCAGCAAUUGUGUUGUUAUAAAACGAGAGCACGACAAUUUAGAACAUCUCGUUGCCUAUGUUCAAACAAAAGUUUCCAUGAACAUCAGUCUGUUACGUGAGACAUGUCGAGAACGUCUGCCAUUGUAUAUGGUGCCAUCGUUAUUUAUUCUGAUCGACCAUUUUCCACUAAAUCCGAAUGGCAAAUUGGAUCGCAAAGCACUCCCACCUCCUGAUUUUUCACUCCUUCUCUCGUUUAACUCGAAUGCACUAGACGAACAGCAUCAUACCGACAUAGAACAACAAAUUUCAUCGAUUUGGUCUCAAGUGUUGCAUCUCGAAUCGAUUUCUUCUACAAGCGUUAGUUUCUUCGCGUUAGGUGGUAAUUCGCUUCUUCUCAUGAAACUUCAACAUGUCUAUCAAACCGAAUUUCAUCAAACAGUCGAUAUCAGUAAGUUAUUUCGUCAUGCAACUAUUCACGAUCAUGCUCAAUUACUCGAAGACCAUCAGAUGAUUAUAGAGCCACACUGGCAUUCUUUUAAUAUUACCAGAGGACCUGCAUCUUUCGCUCAAACUCGCCUAUACUUGGAUGAGCGUGUCCGUUUUAGCAGUGUGACUAAUGCAGUCGCUACUUACCAUAUUCCUCUGGUCUAUGAAAUUAUCCAGACAUCUGUCUCAUUGGAGAGAUUAAAUCGGGCCUUAUUAGCAGUAAUUCAAAAACACAAGGCACUUCGAACCUGUCUAACAUUUGAUGAGAAUGCUGGUGUAUUGCAGCAAGAGGUUUUGGACCAAGUACAAGUAGAAGUCAUCUUGACACUAGCUGAGACAGAUGUAGAUGUAAAAAAGAUUAUAUAUGAUGAAGAAACGAACUCUCGUUUGUUCGAUCUGAGUAAAGCACGAGUAUUUCGAUGUCAUGCUAUUCGACGAUUGUCGACUAUCGAUAAUGAUCUUCUUCAGCCAUCCGAUCUACUGGUUUUCAAUUUUCACCAUGCAGCAUUCGACGGUGGUUCAAUUGACGUGUUCUUUCAAGAUCUGAAGAAAGUCUACUCAACCGAUCAAUCUCUGUCAUCUUCUAGGUUAGAUUAUAUUGAUUAUGCGAUACAUGAAAAAGAAAGAAAUAUGGACGAGGCAAAAGCCUUUUGGAAACAACAAUUAGAUGGUUUCUCAAAUUAUUAUCUUCAGCUGCCGUAUGAUUGCCCACGAACCGAUAAAAGUCUCUCAGGUCGUGGUAUAACAAUCACCCUACAGUUAUCCAACGACGUAGUCGAUAGUAUGCUUGAACUUAUGAAAACACACGAGACGACUCUUUUCCAGUUGGGACUAGCCGCAUUCUACACGUUUUUAUCCAAACUUACUCAAGAAGACGAUCUUUGUGUGCUCACAGUGAUUGCAAAUCGAACACGAGCGGAACUUGAAAACCUUAUCGGUGUGUUUGUCAACACGUUACCAUAUCGACUCAUCAUUGAUCCAUAUUCCAGUUUCACUUUAUUAAUGCAACGUGUCAAAGACCUCGCUCUACUUACACUUCCACAUACUCAUCUUCCCUUUCAAGAGAUUGCGACAAACACAAACAUUGCGUCGCUGCAGACACUUUUUGAUGUCGAAACUAUACGGGAUGGUGAAGUUGGUCUCGAUUCUCAGACAUUUUUACGUCCAUUCAUUGGCAGCACCACUGAUCCAUACAGUGUGGCUAAGUUUGAUCUGACGUGUACACUUUAUUAUAACGUUCGCAAAAAAUCGUUGACUCUUUCUCUCAACGGUCCAAGUGAUCUCUUUGAAAUUAGUACAAUUGAGUUAAUGGCUCAUCGAUAUGCAUGUCUUCUCGAGCAACUGUUACUAUCAUCAGCCACCAAAUCAAUUUCUGAAUAUUCACUACUUCUUCCUCAUGAAACGCAACUCAUUGAUGGGUUAGACAGCCGCAAUCAGCUUCUUCUUCCUUCGACUCUUCUGCCGAUCCACGAACAAUUUGCAUGUCGAGUUGUGCAACAUCCACAGAAGUUGGCAGUGAUUCUGGAUGAUCAAUCACUGACCUAUGCUGAGUUAUUCCAUUCGUCACAGCUUCUGGCUCGUCAUCUCAUCGACCACUGUCAAGUAGAACGAGGCGAUAUCGUUGGUCAAUGUGUUGAGCGGUCGAUUGAAAUGGCCAUUGGUAUCAUGGCAAUUCUGUUUAGUGGUGCUUCGUACCUUCCACUCUCACCUCAUGAACCAUUCGAACGACUGCAGUUGUUGACUGAUCUCACUCGACCACGAUGUGUUCUCACUCACUCGACUACCGAUCAUCUCAUUCCGAACAACAAAGUAUCGGUGGAGAAUAUAAUUAAAGGUGACUUUGAAUCGUCGACAGACGUGAAUGUACUGAUGGACGAUAUCGCUUUUUUGAUUUUCACGAGUGGCUCGACAGGAACACCCAAAGUAGUACCCAUUAGCCAUCGAAACUUUGCCCACAUGGUGCAGUCGUACUGUCAACUACAAUUCCAUGACGAACACUAUACUAUAAUUCAAAUGGCUAGUUGUUCAUUCGAUGAACAUACCAACGAAUAUAUGGGUGGUUUGAUUUGCGGUGCCACAAUUGUACUCCUUCGACCACAUGGUAAUCUUGACACACUUUAUCUAUGUGAAACCAUUGAAAGAAACCAAGCCACUCGUAUUGAUUUUGUACCAACAACGGUAGCGAUUCUGGGCGAGUACUUAAAUAAACAAAUAGAAUUCGAUAAAUCUAACCAUCUUGCUACUGUAAAAAUGAUUACUGUGGGAGGUGAGCAACUUCAAGGAAAGGUUGUCAAGACGAUCUUCCGUCACUUACAACCUACGUGUGUUCUAGCAAAUAUAUAUGCUCCUGCUGAAAGUACUGUAUCGGCGUUAUACUACAAGAUUGAGUCUCACGAUACCGAUCUGCCAGAGAUUAUACCGAUAGGCCGAUGUCUACCUGGACGAAAAGUUCUUGUACUCGAUAAUUACGGUAAACAAGUGCUACCUGAUGGGCAAAACAUUGGGGAGAUUUUUCUCGGUGGUGUCGGUAUCUUCUCUGGUUAUCUUAAUGAUCCUCAAGCGAGUGAACGAGUACUUGUUCAAUUACCUAAUGUUGAUGGUGUGUUCUAUCGAACAGGUGAUCUGGCUAGAAUUACUUCAGAUGGACAAUUGGUAUUUGUCGGUCGCAAAGAUUUUCAAGUGAAGUUGAGAGGACAAAGAAUUGAAUUAGGUGAAAUAGAAACAGUCAUCAUGCGAUCAUCCUCUGACAUUACGAAUUGUGUUGUCAUCAAACUCGAUCAUGAUCAGAUCGAACAUCUAGUUGCCUAUGUUCAAACCGAAGUGCACUUCAACGUAAAUAUAUUGCGAGAUGAAUGCAUGAAACACUUGCCAUUGUAUAUGGUACCAUCGUUGUUUGUUCUCAUCGAUCAUUUUCCACUCAAUCCAAAUGGUAAAGUAGAUCGAAAAGCACUUCCUUCUCCUGACUUCACCCUUCUCGCGUCAUCUGGCUCGCUUAUGGGAGAAGGUGAAGAACCACGUAGCGAAAUGGAACAACAAGUCUCAUCGAUUUGGUCUCAAGUGUUACAUCUGGAAUCGACUCCUUCGAUCAACAUGAGUUUCUUCAAACUAGGUGGUAAUUCACUACUUCUGAUGAAGCUGCAUCAUACCUAUCAAACUCAGUUUCAUCAAUCGAUCAAUGUGAGCGAUUUGUUUCGUCGUGCCACUAUUCACGAUCACGCUCAGCUACUUGAAGUGUCUGAGAUCAAUACACAUCCCACAUGGCAUUCAUUGCAGGUUACAAAAGGACCUGCAUCAUUCGCUCAAACUCGUCUGUACUUGGACGAACGUGUUCGUUUUGGUAACACAACGGACAAGGUGGCCACCUACCACGUUCCUUUGAUCUAUGAAAUUGUGGAGAUACCUCUCUCAGUGAAAAAACUAAAGGGAGCACUAUGCGCAGUAAUGGAUAAGCACAAAGCACUGCGUACUCGAUUGGUAUUUGAUGAGACAAAAAGUAAGCUUGAUCAGCAGAUUGUGGAUCAAGUAGCUUUAGAAAUGGUGAUAACAUCAGUUGAUAAUGGGAAAGCUCUGGAAAAGAUUCUGUAUGAUGAAGAAACAAAUCCUGCUCUGUUUAGUGUAAGUGAAGGUCGAAUGUUUCGUUGUCAUGUUAUUCGACGAUCUGUGACAAUCGAUGAAGACCUUCUCAAUCCAUCGGAUAUCAUCAUAUUCAACUUUCAUCAUGCAGCAUUUGAUGGAACAUCUAUUGAUAUUUUCUUUCAUGAUUUGAAAGAAGCUUACUUUACUGGUAAUUCACUUUCGCCUAACUUAUUCAACUACGUAGACUAUUCGAUACAUGAAAAGGAAAUGAAUAUGGAUGAAGCCAGAUCAUAUUGGAAACAUCGUUUGAAUGAAUUCGCUAACACUCUAUUAUCAUUACCUUACGAUCGAUUUCCAAAGGAUAAGGACACACGCUCAGGUCGUGGUUUAACCGUCAGUUUAGAACUGUCUCGAGAGGUGAUUGAUGGAAUGAGAAUCUGUAUGUCGAAGCAGGACAUGACUCUAUUUCAAGUUGGCCUGGCUGCUUUUUAUAUAUUUCUAUUUAAACUCACUCAAGAGACUGAUCUAUGCGUGCUCACAAUAUCGGCCAAUCGUUUUCGAGCUGAAUUAAACGAUAUCAUUGGAUUCUUCUCCAAUACAUUACCACAACGGAUCAUCAUCGAUCCCAAUGUGACUGUUGUAGUUUUCUUCGACUAUAUAAAACAGAUGUGUCUCGAAUCGAUGCGCCAUGCCCAUUUUCCGUAUCAAGAAAUGGAUGAGCUGCCAGGUAUACAAACGUUAUUUCUCGCUGAACCUAUUCAUCAACCAUCGGAUAGUCCUGAUUUUCGAUUAAUUCCGCUAGCUGCUACACAAGACGAUUAUGUUGCUAAGUUUGAUUUGACUUGUUCCCUUGAUUACAAUUCUCGAGCACAUACUGUCAAACUUUCAUUGAACGCUUCCCUCGAUCUUUUCGAUGUUGAAACAGUUUCCACUAUGAUUCACCGUUUUGAGUGUCUUCUCUCUCAAAUCUUUACUUCUAUUUCGUCUCCUAUCUGUGAACUAUCUCUACUGCUUCCACACGAAGUCGAACUGCUGCGAAUGGUAAACACUGAUAAUAAGUUUCAAUAUCAAACGUAUUCCCUGUGUAUACACGAACAAUUUGCAUCCCGAGUCGACGAACAUCCACAGAAAUUGGCGGUCGUCCUUGAUGAUCAGUCUUUAACGUAUGCUGAGCUUUAUUCUCUUACCCAACUCGUAGCCUAUCAUCUGAUGAAUGUAUGUCACAUUCGACCGAAUGAUAUCGUACCCUUGUGUGUCGAACGAAGUCUGGAAAUGCCACUCGGCAUUCUAGCAAUUUUGAUGAGUGGCGCUAUUUAUUGUCCGCUCACGCCAAAUCAUCCUCAAAAACGUUUUCAAGCGAUUAUUAAUCAGACAAAUGCACGUUAUAUUCUGACACACGAUCCAACAGUGAACAAGUUCCAAUCGAUGACUAUCAAUCUUUCUUCUUUCGCACUCUACUAUGGAAGUGAUAUCAUCGAACAACCAUUCCACACACCUAUUUGUAGCGUCGAUCAAGUGGCUUACAUUAUUUUUACAUCUGGCUCAACAGGUGAGCCCAAAGGUGUUCAAUUGACCCAUCGAAACCUUUUGCUUACCGUCGCCUCCUAUGCUCACAGUGGUUCGCUAUUACCUACAGACACAGCCAUGCAAAUUACUCCAUGUUCAUUUGAUGCUCAUGUUCCCGAACUACUCGGAUGUCUAUUUAUGGGUGGUACAUCAAUUCUUCUGCAUCCAGAUGGAAACAUACAAUUAGAUUAUUUGACUCGUCUCGUUGAACGUCAUCAAGCGACUUACAUGCAUUCAGUGCCAUCUCACUUGACUGUUAUUUGUGAGCAACUUGAGCAGGAUAACGCAUUCGAACGUUUGCACACACUUCGCUCACUGUGUUCAUCAGGUGAACCAAUGAAUGUCCGAUCUUUGAAAAACUUUCGAGACAAUACUCGAGCUACGAUUUUUAAUUUAUAUGGACCGGCUGAAUGUACUGAUAUAAGUAUUUACAAGAUCACUCAAGAUAUCAAACAAGUGAUUGAGCCCACAUGCAUUGGUCCACUAUCGCCCAACCUUAAGUGUCGUAUUUUAGAUCAAUAUAUGCAAACAAUUUUGCCUGAUGGUCAUCAAAUUGGUGAAUUAUGUGUCAGUGGACCAAGUGUCUUUCCUGGAUAUCUCAAUCGAGAUGAUUUGACACAGCGCGUUCUUGUCACUGGACUCUCAGAACAAAAGGAAAAAUAUUACAAGACAGGCGAUCUUGUUAGACUUAACACAAACGGCUUCCUUCAUUAUGUAGGUCGACGAGAUUUCAUGGUCAAAUUAAGAGGACAACGUAUCGAGUUGGCUGAAAUCGAACAGACCCUAUCUGAUGCAUCUCCAAAUGUGAGCAAAUGUGUUGUUAUCAAGCAUGAGAAUUCGAACAAAGGACACGAGUAUUUAGCAGCCUUUGUUCAAACAACAGACAAGAGUAUUGAGCACAUACUUCAACAGAAAUGCCAAGAAAGAUUAGCACCCUACAUGGUUCCGUCAGUCUUUAUCCUACUCGAUAAGCUACCUUUGUCCGAAAAUGGGAAAAUCGAUCGAGCGCGUCUUCCCAAUCCCGAUACUAUAAUUGCACAGGCUAUUGAUCAACGUGAUAAGGAACCCAUGACUGAAAUAGAACGACGCAUAUCUGUCCUGUGGUGCGAUAUUCUUCGACUCGACACAAUACCUUCAACCAGUUUUAGUCUCUUCAAGUUGGGUGGUAAUUCUCUUCUUCUCAUAAAACUCUAUUAUUCUUAUCAAAAAGUGAUUCAAUUCGACACGAACUCUCUCUUAAUUAGUCAAUUCUUUCGUAAACCAACUAUUGUUGAUCAUGCUAAAUUGCUCGAAGCCCAUCAAAUCACUACAGAACUACAAUGGGAAUCGUUCCAUAUGACAAAAGGUCCUGCAUCAUUCGCUCAAACUCGUCUGUACUUGGACGAACGUGUUCGUUUCACUGGUGCUACUAACGCUGUAGCCACCUAUCACAUUCCUUUGAUCUAUGAAAUUGUGGAGAUGCCUCUGUCACUCAGCAGAUUAAAACGAGCUCUCCAUGCGAUCAUUCACAAACACAAGACACUUCGCACCCGACUCGUAUAUGAUGAAAGCGAGGGUGUUCUUCAACAAGAGAUUCUUCCAUCCGUACCACUGGAAGUACACUUAACAUCAGUUGAUAAUGGGAAAGCUCUGGAAAAGAUUCUUUAUGAUGAAGAAACAAAUCCUGUUCUAUUUAGUGUAAGUGAAGGUCGUGUUUUUCGAUGUCACGCCAUUCGACGAUGUUUGGCAAUUGAUGAAGACCUUCUCAGUCCAUCGGAUAUCGUCAUAUUCAACUUUCAUCAUGCAGCAUUUGAUGGAACAUCUAUUGAUAUUUUCUUUGACGAUUUGAAGAAAGCUUAUUCGACCGAUGAAUCUCUUUCGCCAUGUAGUUUCGAUUACAUUGACUACUCUGUGCAUGAGAAGGAAGUAAACAUGGAUGCAGCAAGAGUUUAUUGGAAACAACAUUUGAAUGGCUUCACCAAACCUCAUCUUCAGUUACCCUACGAUCACCGCCCAGACGAGAGCAACAUUCGAUCAGGUCGUGGUUCGACUGCAAUUUUUGAACUCUCUCCACAUAUUGUUGAUGACAUGCUGAAUUAUCUGACUAACUGUGAAACGACUCUUUUUCAGUUUGGUCUAGCCGCUUUCUACGCAUUUUUGUUUAAACUAACUCAAGAAACGGACUUAUGUAUUCUCACAGUGUCAGCAAAUCGAAAUCGAGCCGAACUAGAGAAUAUGAUUGGUUUUUUUGUCAACACGAUACCACAACGGCUUGCUAUCGAACCGCAGAAGAACUUUGGAUUCCUUAUUGAAUGCGUAAAAGAACUCGUUGUUGCUACAAUGCCUCAUGCACAUUUGCCCUAUCAAGAUAUUGUUGCAGGUACGACUACUACAGCUUUACAGGUAUUAUUUGUUGUUGAAACUCACCAUCACGAUCGAGUUACAUUAAGCUCCGACAUAAUUCUACGUCCGUUGGUAACUACGACUACUGAUCCACAAAGUGUAGCUAAAUUUGAUCUUACAUGUUCACUUCAUUAUGACGUAUCAGCACGUUCCAUCCAAGUGUCAUUCGACGCCGCAAGCGAUCUAUUUGAACCAGCGACAGUUGAGCUUAUGGCUCGUCGUUUUCAUUCACUAUUGAACCACAUACUUUCCUCGCCUACUUCGAAUGAAAUCUGUGAACUGUCACUAUUCUUGCCACAUGAGAUCGAAUUACUACAAAAUUUGAACAUUAGUGAACAAAUCAUACUCUCGUCGAAUAUUCGAACCAUCCAACAGAAGUUUGUACAUCAAACUUGCGAGCACCCACAGAAGUUAGCAGUGAUUCUCGACGAGCAAUCGUUAACCUAUGCUGAACUAUUCCAUUCAUCACUACUAGUAGCUCACCAUCUCCAUGACCUAGUUCAGGUACAAUCAGGUGACAUUAUUGGUCAAUGUGUCGAGCGCUCCAUUGAAAUGAUCAUUGGCAUAUUGUCGAUUCUUAUGAGUGAUGCUUCGUAUUGUCCUCUGCCGGCAGAUCAGCCAUCAGCACGACUUCGAGCAUUGAUAGAACAAGUACAAGCUAAGUGUGUCCUUACUCACAGUCGAACGAACACACUGAUAUCAUCAAAUAUGGUUGAUAUUGAACAAGUUCUUUCGUCGUCGUGGAAUAAAAUCAUUCUCAUUGAUAUUAAAUCAUAUUCGGUAGAACGAAUAGCUUACUUAGUUUUUACGAGUGGUUCGACCGGUAAACCGAAAGUGGUUCCAAUCACUCACAAAAACUUUGCCGUAUGUAUCAAUGCACUAGCUCAUUCCACGAUCAUGAUGCACGAUGAUGUUGUGCUCCAAACAACACUACCCACAUUCGACAUUCACAUGCAAGAAAUUCUCGGUACAUUAUGGUUAGGAGGAACACUUGUUUUGCUUCGCCAAAACGGCAAUCUUGACAUGCAUUAUUUCACAUCUAUUCUCCAACGAUAUCAGAUAACACUUCUAAUCAUGGUUCCAACUCUUAUAUCCAGUUUGACUCAGUAUCUCCAAAAUUCUAUGUCUCAACAACAUGCAUUGACGAGCAUACGACGAUUAUGUUCAUUAGGUGAGGCUCUUUUACCACAAAUAGCUUCUGCGAUUUGCACGCUGCUGGAUCCGACUGCUCAACUUUAUAAUUUGUAUGGACCUGCCGAAUGUACUCUCAUCUCCACUUUUCACCUACUUACACAAGAUGAUCUAAAAGCGAAUAACGUACCUAUUGGUCGUCCACUUCCUAGCUAUAAAUGUAAAGUCCUUGAUACUUACUCUCAACCUGUUCUUCUUGAACACCAAAUUGGAGAAUUGCUCAUCGGUGGUGAAGCUGUAUUUGGCGGAUAUUUAAACCAACCUGAUAUAUCUCAUGGACCAGGCAUAUUCUACAGAACUGGUGAUCUGGUCCGCAUCGAUGGUAAAUCAGGUGUUUUACAUUAUGUUGGUCGCAAAGAUUUUCAAGUGAAGUUGAGAGGACAACGAAUUGAAUUAGGCGAAAUAGAAACAGUCAUCAUGCGAUCAUCCUCUGACAUUACGAAUUGUGUUGUCAUCAAACUCGAUCAUGAUCAGAUCGAACAUCUAGUUGCCUAUGUUCAAACCGAAGUGCACUUCAACGUAAAUAUAUUGCGAGAUGAAUGCAUGAAACACUUGCCAUUGUAUAUGGUACCAUCGUUGUUUGUUCUCAUCGAUCAUUUUCCACUCAAUCCAAAUGGUAAAGUAGAUCGAAAAGCACUUCCUUCUCCUGACUUUACCCUUCUCGUGUCAUCUGGCUCGCUUAUGGGAGAAGGUGAAGAACCAUGUAGCGAAAUGGAACAACAAGUCUCAUCGAUUUGGUCUCAAGUGUUACAUCUGGAAUCGACUCCUUCCAUCAACAUGAGUUUCUUCAAACUAGGUGGUAAUUCACUACUUCUGAUGAAGCUGCAUCAUAUCUAUCAAACUCAGUUUCAUCAAUCGAUCAAUGUGAGCGAUUUGUUUCGUCGUGCCACUAUUCGCGAUCACGCUCAGCUACUUCAAGUGUCUGAGAUCAGUACACAUCCUUCGUGGUAUUCGUUUAACAUUACCAAAGGACCUGCAUCAUUCGCUCAAACUCGUCUGUACUUGGACGAACGUGUUCGUUUCACUGGUGCUACUAACGCUGUAGCCACCUACCACGUUCCUUUGAUCUAUGAAAUUGUGGAGAUGCCUCUGUCACUCAACAGAUUAAAACGAGCUCUCCAUGCAAUCAUUCACAAACACAAGACACUUCGCACACGACUCGUGUAUGAUGAAAACGAGGGUGUUCUUCAACAAGAGAUUCUUCCAUCCGUACCACUGGAAGUACACUUAACAUCAGUUGCUAAUGGGAAAGCUCUGGAAAAGAUUUUGUAUGAUGAAGAAACAAAUCCUGCUCUGUUUAGUGUGAGUGAAGGUCGUGUUUUUCGAUGUCAUGUUAUUCGACGAUCUGUGACAAUCGAUGAAGACCUUCUCAAUCCAUCGGAUAUCGUCAUAUUCAACUUUCAUCAUGCAGCAUUUGAUGGAGUAUCAGUUGACUUAUUCUUCCACGAUCUAAGAACAGCAUACACAAAUGAUACUUCUCUUCAACAUUGUGAAUUUGAUUAUAUUGAUUAUUCUGUACAUGAGAAAGAGAUAAAUAUGGAUGACGCAACCAUCUUCUGGAAACAACACUUGAAUGGACUUACUAACAUUCUUCUACCAUUACCAUACGAUCGAUUUCCAACUGAUAACAUAACUCGAUCAGGUCUGGGUAUUACUUUCGAGUUCCAACUCACCCAACAUCUGACUGAUCGAAUCCUUACCUUGUUGACUGACUACGAAGUCACUCUUUUCCAACUUGGACUUGCAAUAUUUUAUGUUUUCUUAUUCCAACUAACUCAACACGAAGAUUUAUGUAUUCUGACAACAACAGCCAACCGAUAUCGAGCUCAACUCGAACAUAUUAUCGGUGUGUUUGUCAACACAUUACCAAAUCGACUCAUCAUCGAACCACAUUCAACUUUUCUCUCUCAUUUACAAUGUGUCAAAGAUCUUACUCUUUGCACCAUUCCACAUGCUCAUCUACCCUUUCAGAAUAUCACUUCAAAAACUGGUAUUAGUAUUUUUCAAACUCUGUUUGAUGUCGAAAUUCAACAAGACAAUGAAAUUUCUCUUGAUUCAAAUAUACAUUUACAUCCAUUCAUCUCAGCGAUGACUACUGAUGCUCAACGCGUAGCUAAGUUCGAUCUGUCAUGUUCUCUUCAUCAUAAUGUUCAAACAAGAUCGAUCAUCGUCACUCUCAAUGGUUCAAGUGAUCUCUUUGAAAUUAGUACAAUUGAGUUAAUGGCUCAUCGAUAUGAGUGUCUUCUCGAGCAACUGUUAUUUUCAUCGACCACCAAAUCAAUCUCUGAAUAUUCACUACUUCUUCCUCAUGAACACGAACUACUAUAUCACUUGAAUAAUGAUCAACAGCUUCUUCUUCCUUCGACUCUUCUGCCGAUCCACGAACAAUUCGCAUGUCGAGUUGUGCAACAUCCACAGAAGUUGGCAGUGAUUCUGGAUGAUCAAUCACUGACCUAUGCUGAGUUAUUCCAUUCGUCACAGCUUCUGGCUCGUCAUCUCAUCGACCACUGUCAAGUAGAACNUUAUCUCAAUGAUCCCCAAGCGAGUGAACGAGUACUUAUUCGAUUACCUAACACUGAUGAUGUGUUCUACCGAACAGGUGAUCUUGCCAGACUGACUUUAGAUGGACAAUUAGGAUUUGUUGGUCGCAAAGAUUUUCAAGUGAAGUUGAGAGGACAACGCAUUGAAUUAGGUGAAAUAGAGACUGUCAUCAUGCGGUCAUCCACUGACAUUACUAAUUGUGUUGUCAUCAAGAUCACUCACGAGAACCUAGAACAUAUUGUAGCCUAUGUUGAAACAAAAACCCAUCUGAACACUAAUAUAUUGCGUGAUGAAUGCUCGAAACAUCUACCGUUGUACAUGGUACCGUCGUUAUUUCUUCUAAUGAAUCAGUUUCCAUUGAAUCUUAAUGGAAAAUUAGAUAGAAAGGCAUUGCCAUGUCCUGACUUUUCACUCCUAUCUUCGGACAUAACAAAAUCAGACGAACAGCAUCGAAGCGACUUGGAGCGACAUAUAGCAUCAAUUUGGUGUCGAGUGCUCGGUCUGAAACACAUUCCUACGAUCAAUAUCAGUUUUUUUAAACUUGGUGGCCAUUCGCUUCUUCUCAUGAAACUUCAUCAUAACUAUCAAACCCAAUUUCGACAAUCAAUCGACAUUAGUUUACUUUUUCGUGCUACAACGAUUGCUGAUCAUGCUCGUCUGAUCGAAGAACGUCAAGUCCUUCUUCAUUUACCAUGGGUUCCACUCAAUAUCGCCGAAGGUCCUGCUUCAUAUGUUCAAACGAGUAUCUGGUUGGCUGAGCAUACUCGUUUCAUAGAUUGGCCGCAACUCGCACCCGUCUUUAAUAUGAAUAUGAUAUUUCAAAUUGAUGCUGGUCAUUUGUCGAUUGAUCGGUGUCUUCAGGCGCUAAAUUCCGUGGUCAGUAAACAUUGGAUCUUUCGUACUCGACUCAUGUUCGAUGUCAAACAUGGUAUAUUGCGUCAGUCGAUUCAUAAUGCAAUAACUUAUCCUAUGCGUGUGACAACCGUCCAUGAUGAACAACAACAGAAGAAGAUAUUGCGCGAAGAAAUGUGGACACCAUUUGACACAGAAAAUAAUGGUGUUUUUCGCUGUCACUUUAUUCGUUAUGAUCACGGCGAUAACAAAGACAUAUUAUUAACUAAUGAUUUACUUCUAUUUAAUUUUCAUCAUGGUUCAUUCGAUGGACAAGCUAUAGACUUGUUCUUAGAUGAAUUGAAAUUGGCUUAUGCAGGUGAGGAACUACAAACACCUUGUCUUCAGUAUAUCGAUUAUUCUGUUCAUGAACGAACAUUACUGAUGUCAGAAGCAUGCACUUACUGGAAAGAACUUCUAUGUGAUUAUGCUUGGGAUCGUCAAUUAAAUCUGGGUAGUACUAAACAAUCGUUAUCAGCUCGUCGUACGGGUCAAGGCGAGCUGUUGAGUGUUGCCAUUCCAUUAGAAAUUGCGCGUUCAAUGGUUAUGUGUGCUGACGAGCUCAAUGUCACCUUAUUUCAAUUGGGUCUCACAUGUUACUAUCUCUUUCUGGCUCAACUUUCACCACAUAAUCGAGAUGCGUGUGUGGGAGUUAUUCAUCAGAAUCGAUAUCGUCCAGAACUUGUCUCGAUGAUCGGUAUGUUUGUUAAUAUUCUUCCAUGUCGUAUUGUCAAUGCUGAUCUUGAUAAACUCUCCUUCAUUGAACUCGUCUAUAAAGUACAAAAGACAUUUCUUACAAGUGUUCAACAUGCACACUUACCUUAUGAUAAACUGAUUGAUUUGCAUCGUGUACCAAGUUCUCACUUACAAUUUCCAUAUCUUCAAACAAUUUUCAGUGUUGAUACGACACUGAUUGAUUAUACAAAUAUGGAUGACAUCAUGUUCGGUGAUUCAUGUCGUAUUUCUACUUAUAAGAAGCCAAUAAAAGAUAUUGAGGUUGGUUACAAAUUCGAUUUGGAUGUCUCAUUUUCGUUCGACAAGCACGCUAUGACUAUUGAUUGUGUUUGGGGAUACAUGUCCGAUGUCUUUGAACGAGAAACGAUUGAACAACAUGCGAGUUCUUUGUUAAAAUUACUCACUCAGCUGUUUGGUUCAAAUCGUACAGAUCAGUUACACUUACCUUUGAAUGAGAUUAUCACACUGAACACAAACGAGAUAAAUGAGAAAAAUCAAGAAGUGAGUAUACCGUGUUCAAUACCUAUUAUCGAUACAUUACAACAGCAAACAGAGCUCGUGAAAUCCAUUCAAGUCGUUUUUUCUCGAAUUCUGGAUUGUACAACAGACGACAUCGACGUGAACAAAUCAUUUUUUGAACAAGGUGGUACCUCUCUCAAGGCUUUACAACUAAUAACUUUAUUGCAACAAGAAAUUUCUACUGAAAUCAAUACGCAUCUCUUCUUCGAUCAUUUAUCAGUCAUUCAACUCGCUCGUGCCAUCACCGAUCUACGGACUCACUCACUUCUUUCUCGUAAAGAAACUGUUUUUGGAUGUUAG